AUGUCAAGGUCAGCAAGUAGAGCCUCGAGCCGUGGGUCACAUUCGCUUUCUGGUGAAGAGGAUGGUUGUGGAGCGUCUCCACAAAGUUAUUCUGAAUGUGAUUCCCCGAGUGGUUGGUGGUUGUAUUCACAGACUCGUCGGUUAUUUCGGUCAUUUCGUGAUCGUAAAUCUGAUGAAGUGCAAAAGAAUGUAUCUGAAGGUGAUAGUCGUCCGGAGGCUGCACCUCAGCGUUCCAUAUUUCGUAUGUUAUCAGGUAUUUUUAUGAAGAACCAGGAGAGUGACGAUGAUGGUCAAUCUAAGGGCUCUGUGCCAUCAACCCCGGCAUCACCUGAUUUGAGUUCUUCGACGCCUGUACGUCGGCGCCGACGGUGGAGAAGCCAUAGUGUAUCGUCUCGUGGCGAUAGCGAUACUGACCGUGCGUUGUCCGAUAGUGACUGCAGUAGCGGUCGUAGUAGUAAGCCUGUUCGUGGUGCUGAAUCAUUGAGUGACAAUGAGUACCAGAUCCAUAGAUCGUUGUCGUCGGCGUCGUUAUCUUCAAAUGCGUUGACAGCGGUAGACCAUCUGGAUGGUGAUAGUGAUGGUGGUCAUGUAGAGUUGUCUGCGACACCUCCAGCUCGUGAUGCUCACGGUCACCUGGGCCCGUUAGAUGACAGUAUGAUUUCUGCCCGUGGUUCCGCUGACAGUCGUCGUACCCGUUGGUUAGUGGAAUGUUUUGACGCUUUGCGUAAAGGUGCUAGUGAUUCAAGUUCGGAUGAGGGUGGUGUUACCGAUUCUUCAUUUUCACAUGGUCAAAGCAGGACCCCUAGUCAUGAUGGUGGUUCCCCUCGUAGUACAAGUGUGACUCGAGAUGUUUGGUUAGAUGGUGACGAUGAUAAUGGUGAAGAUCGUGGUUCACGACACAGUGAGCGUCGUCGAUUUAGUUUCCGUAACAGCAUCUCAUCAUUUCGUCGUAACAAGUCGUCACCUAAAUACAGUCGUUCUACAGGUGGCGAUUUGGAUAUGGGUGUGUCUAAGUCUCGUGGUGUGCGUGGUCGGCAUGGUUCUCAUUAUGAUCGUGAUGAUAGUGUUUCGUCGUUAUCUGAUCCUGAGAAAUCUCCUGUUAAGGGUCGUGGUUUAACGCAAUAUGAUUAUCCGAGUGCCAUAACAUCUUGGCGUCCAGAUACUCCGCAUGUAUCUGAUGGUCAUUCUCGUCGUGGUGCAUCUAGUUCUAUAAAAUUGGUAAAAGAGCGUGUUGUGGUAUUAACGUCCAAGGCUCCGUCUGACCAUAGUAUAAUCCCACCAUCUUUGUCUAAUUGGGAUGCUCAAUCAGUGCGUAAGCUUGAAGAGGUAUUUAGUCGUUUACCUUUGCUUAAGGAUACACCCAUGUCGUUACGUGGUGACCUGUUUCAGCGUAAGCUGAUCGCUUGUCAAACCGUGAUUGAUUUUAACUAUAAGCGUGUAUUACAGCGUGCUAUAGAGUUGAAGCGUCAGACUUUGUUGGAGAUUAUUGAGUAUAUCAGUACUGCUCGUAACUGUCUGAACGAGGGUGUUUUGCGUGAUGUGAUUGACAUGGUUUCUGCGAAUGUAUUUCGUAGUUUACCUCCUCGUAACCGUAAGAACCCUUUUAGUAACGACAUUGAUGAAGAUGAGCCUAGUUUAGAGAAAUCUUGGCCACAUUUACAGAUUGUGUAUGAUGUGUUUUUGCGUGUUGUUGUGAGUAACGAUGUGAGUUCCAAGAUGGCUAAGAACAUGAUCGACAAGCCUUUUGUUACUAAGUUAUUGUCUAUGUUGAAUUCCGAGGACCAGCGUGAGCGUGACUAUUUGAAGACCAUUUUGCAUCGUAUCUAUGGUAAGAUAAUGUCGUUGCGUACAUUUAUCCGUAAAUCCAUCGACAAUGUGUUUACUAGUUUCAUCUACGAGAGUGGUAACCCUUAUGGUAUAACAGAGUUAUUAGAGAUAUUGGGUAGUAUAAUAAACGGUUUUGCAGUUCCAUUGAAAGAGGAGCACAAGGUUUAUUUGGAGAAAUCUUUGGCUCCGUUGCAUAAGCCGAGUUCCAUCCGCAGUUACCAUGCAGCGUUAUCUUAUUGUAUGAUCCAGUAUAUAAAUAAGGAUCGUAGUUUGGCUAGUUUGGUUUUGAAGGCGAUAUUGAAUUUUUGGCCUAGUACUAGUGCUCAGAACGAGAUAUUAUUUUUGAAUGAAUUGGAGGAGGUUUUAAGUUUGACCGAGUUAACCGAACUGAAUGACAUAAUCCGUCAUGUUGCUAUCCGUUUAUCUCAAUGUACAUGUUCUACUCAUUUUCAGGUUUCUGAGCGUGCUUUGUACAUUUGGAACAACGACCGUGUGUCUCGUUUGUUACAUAUGCACAAGAAGGUGGUGUACCCUUACAUGGUGCCCGCAUUGCGUUCUAACAUGGAGUACCAUUGGAACGACGUGGUGCGUAACCUUACUUAUAACGUUGCUGGGAUGUUAAUGGAUCAUGAUCAGGCGUUAUAUUCUAAUUGCAUUAGUUCAAGUGCCGGUACUAGGUUGUGUAAAACGUUACAAUCGUUUAGUAUAACCCCUUUAGGUAGUUUCGGUUCGACAUCAUCUGGAGGUGUGGUUGGAUCUUCUACAUUGGAUUUAUUUUUAUCACCUCGUGAUAUUGGUCUAAGUAACGUUCCUGUUGAUAAUGCUGGUGUGAUGGAUAGUGAUUCUCAUAUUGAGCAGCAUGUGGAUUCCGGUCGUUCCCGUGAAUCAGAAAGCGUUGUAUCAUCACCUGCUGUACCGGAUACCGGUCGUGUGCAGCGUGAAGAUUCUGGUAGCGUUAACUUCACAGCAUUGACAUCGAGUUCUCCAGUAUGUUACUGCGUGUAUGAGGAGGUUGCCCAGGGUACAUUUUACCUGCAAUGGAAGGGCAGCACUAGCGAAUCGAUUAGCAACCACGUUAUGAUGUUUUUGCCUGGUAAGACUGUGCCUAAGUUCAAGCUUGUAAAUGAUGGUGGUCGUUCUGAGUUAGCUACUAGAGUAAUGCCUGAUAAACAUAAAUUCUGGUCGUCGCUAUGUUUAUUUAUCAAGACAGCUAAAGAAUACAAGUCUAAGCUACAAUUGUUUCCCGGCUGGAAUGAUCGUGUACCUUACAAGUCUGAUAUAUAUUUCCAUGAUGGUUCUAAUACGGUUACCAAGGUUGGAUAUGAUCCCAUUGAUCUUGAGAAUGUUGCUGCUAUUGGUAUAGCUGGUCGUUCUAACUUGUUGAUGGCUAACAAGAUGUCUAAAGAGCAAUUUUCUCAAGGUAUUCGCAAGGGCGGGUACUGUCUGCAGCUUUAG